AUGAACCGUCUCGCACAGCCAGCCUCCCGCUCGGUCGUCAAGACCUUCCAACGUAAUUCGUCUGGACCAUUCUACGGAUCCCACAACGUUGACGGAUUCAAAUCGUCGUACGUCACACCACUCAAGACCAACCAAAAUGCCUCGGAGACCUGGAAGAAGAUCUUCUACAUUGCCUCGAUCCCAUGCCUGGCCCUCACCAUGUAUGCCGCCUUCAAGGAUCAUAAGAAGCAUAUGAGCCACGAGCGUCCAGAGCACGUUGAGUACGCCUUCUUGAACGUCCGCAACAAGCCAUUCCCAUGGGGAGACGGAAACCACUCGUUGUUCCACAACAAGGCCGAGCAAUUCGUGCCAGGAACCGGAUUCGAGGCCGAACGCGAGAAGCACUAA